AUGCUGAAAAUGAAACAUGAUCUAGUCAGACGAAAGAAGCUCUUGUCCGGUGGUAAGGACGGAUCUGAUGCGAUGGAUGGUGUCAAAACUGGUGCCGUUGGAAGCGGGGCUGCCACGGUUAACGCGGGCGGUUCAGUUGAACAUGACAAUGCUGAUUUUUCUGGCCUCACAGCAGGCAUUCCAAGCGGCUCCGUGGGAGCAGAUUCGGACUCGGACACUACUUUUAUGGCCUUUGCAAUAAUCUUCAACAAACUAAAGAAUCCAAGUGCUCAAGAGCGUUCUGCAGCAUCAUUUGAGCUGAAAAACAGUCUUGUGUCCCUCGCGCGUCAGGUAUCCACCGAACAAUUCCAACGAUUCAGUAAUGACAUGAACAAUAAGAUAUUCGAGCUCAUCCAUGGUUCUUCCUCAAAUGAAAGGUUUGGUGGUAUUUUGGCGGUCGACACUUUAAUCGACUUUUAUGCACAAUCAGAUGAGCUUCCCAACCAAACCUCAAGACUGGCCAACUACCUCCGUGUUUUGGUUCCGUCAAGCGAUGUCGAUGUUAUGCGAGCUGCCGCGAAAACAUUAGGUAAGCUUGCCAUUCCUGGUGGCACGCUCACGUCGGAUUUCGUUGAGUUCGAGGUCAAAACUUGCAUAGAAUGGCUCACAACAUCCCCGGAAAACUCCUCUUCGAACUUUAAGCAAGAGCUCAGGAAGCAUGCUUCACUUCUCAUUCUUAGUGCCAUCGCCGAAAAUUCCCCAUAUCUUCUAUAUCCAUACAUCAACUCCAUCUUGGAUAACAUAUGGAGAGCUCUUCGAGACACAAGGCUCGCCAUUCGUGUCGAUGCAGCCAACACGCUUUAUAAAUGUAUGGACAUCAUACAGGGCAGGGAUGCAAAACUCACAAAGAAGUGGUUCGAAAGGCUGCUCGAAGGCUGUUCAUAUGGCUUGCAAUUGAAUACUCAUGAAGCCAUUCAUGCGACAUUAAUUGUGUAUCGACAAUUACUGUCCUUGAAAGGAACAUACUUACAUGAACAGUUCGACGAAAUUUAUGAGAUGACCAUGAGAUACAAAGAUCACAAAUCAAGCGUCAUUCGAAAAGAGAUUUAUGCAAUAUUGCCUUUACUUGCUGCUGCAGACUCCCAGAUUUUUACUGAAAAGUACCUGGAUCAGACUAUGAUUCACUAUUUGACUCUACUGAAAAAUGCGUCCCCUACAAAUAAUACGGAUAAGGCCGCCAUAUCUGUUUCGAUCGGUGACAUUGCGCAACAAGUGCAGGCAAGCAUUGCACCUUACCUGGAUUCAAUAUUAGACAAUGUGAGAGACGUUUUGAUGACAAAAUUCAAACUACGUAAGGAGUUUGAGGCGGAGAUUUUUUACUGUGUCGCAAAACUUGCUUGUGCGGUAGGUCCAGUUCUGGCCAAGUAUUUGAAUCAAGACCUCUUGGAUCUGAUGCUUGCUUGUCCACUGUCUAACCAUAUGCAAACGACUUUGACAACAAUUACUGAAAAGAUACCGUCUCUCAAGCCUGUCAUAAAUGAAAAGUCUCUCGACAUGCUUUGUCUGAUUUUAUCAGGAGAGAAAUUCAAACCACCAGGAUCCCCGAUUCCAUUGAAACCUCUGCACAGCGAACGGGCGAGACAUUAUAGAGAUCAAUUAAUUCUAAGGAAGACAGGUGAAUUAAAUGAUGACAACUAUGAUGUUCAUAUACUGAAUCAGGCAUUGAUCAUGCUGCACAAGAUAGACUACAGAUACUCUUUGGCAUACUUUGUUAGGAUGAUUACGAUUUCAUACAUCGAGCACGAAAGUCCUCAGGUGAGAAAAUAUGCAGCCUUAACAUCGUGCGAUCUGUUUGUUAAAGAUCAGAUUUGUAAACAGACCUCACUUAAUGCGCUGAAUACAGUCUCGGAGGUUUUGGGUAAGCUGCUGACAGUAGCAAUCACAGAUCCCGUCGUGGAGAUCAGAUUCGAGGUUUUGAGGCAUCUUGACCUGAGUUUCGAUCCGCAAUUGUCUCAGCCCGAUAACGUCCGUCUUCUUUUUAUGGCGUUGAACGACGAAGUUUUCGCUAUUCAAAUAGAAGCGAUGAAAAUCAUUGGUAGACUUUCGGUUGUGAAUCCCGCUUAUGUUAUUCCAUCACUCAGAAAGACAUUAUUACAACUUCUGAGCCAGCUCAGUUUUUCUAACAUGUCGCGCAAAAAAGAAGAGUGUGCGUCUUUGAUAAGCACCUUAAUAAGCUCGAGUCAGGAUGUAACUAAGCCUUACAUUGAACCUAUUUUGGACGUGCUCCUACCAAAAUGCCAAGACAAUUCCUCCGCGGUAGCCUCGACAGCUUUAAAAGCGGUCGGUGAACUAGCGGUAGUAGGAGGGGAGGCACUAACUCCUUUUCUCGACCAGCUAAUGCCUCUUAUCAUCAAUACAUUCCAAGAUCAGUCGAAUUCUUUCAAGCGUCUCGCCGGUUUGAAGACUCUGGGUCAACUAUCAGCUUCCUCCGGGUAUGUUAUAGAACCUCUCUUGAGCUUUCCACAACUGCUUGGCGUUUUGAUAAACAUUCUCAGGUCAGAAAGCUCACCGAAUAUAAGGAGAGAGACCGUUCGCCUCAUUGGUAUCCUCGGCGCUCUGGAUCCUUAUAAGCAUAGGGAGGUUGAACGCACAUCGAGUGCCAAUAUUACAGCCGAACAAAAUGCUCCGCCAAUUGACGUUGGCUUGUUGAUGCAAGGAAUGUCUCCCUCAAAUGAUGAUUAUUACCCAACCGUAGUGAUUACUACAUUAAUGAAAAUCCUAAAUGAUCCUUCCUUAUCUUCACAUCAUACUUCCGUGAUACAAGCGGUGAUGCAUAUUUUCCAGACGUUAGGAGUACGGUGCGUAUCAUUUUUGAAACAAAUUGUACCGGGUAUCAUCAACGUCAUGCAAGCAUGUCCGCCCUCACUUUUAGAAUUUUAUUUUCAGCAGUUAGGCGUCCUUGUUUCCAUUGUCAACCAGCACAUACGACCCUUUGUUGGAGAGAUAUUCGAAGUUAUUGCUGAGUUUUUCCCACUAGUGAAACUACAAAUCACGAUUAUAUCAGUGAUUGAGUCGAUUUCCAAGUCUCUCAAAGGCGAGUUCAAGGGAUAUCUUGCUCAAACCUUAGCACUUUUUUUGGAUGUUUUGGAGAAAGAUAAAUCGAACAAGAAAAUGGUUUCGGUAAGGAUAAUGAAAUCGCUCGUCGUGUUUGACGCAAAUCUCGAUGAGUUUGCGCACCUAAUCGUUCCAGCCAUAGUGAGAAUCGCCGAGUUUGGUGCUGGUACUCUGAAUAAAGUCGCGAUUAUAACAUUAGGAAGGCUGGCAAAGACUGUUAACCUGUCUGAGAUGUCUUCAAGAAUUGUCCAGGCACUUAUACGCGUGUUGAACAGCGGGAAUUCAGAGUUAAUUAGAGCCACAAUGAAUACUCUGAGUUUACUACUGCUACAACUCGGAGUGGAUUUUGCAGUCUUCAUUCCCAUCAUAAACAAGACCCUACUACGAAAUCAGAUUCAGCACACGGUAUAUGAUCAACUGGUUAAUAAACUAUUGAAUCGUGAAGCUCUCCCUACAAAUAUAAUAAUUGAUCGAGACUUGGAAGUCGCCAGCAAAGAAGCUGCGGACGUUGAGCUGCCAGCCAAAAAGCUCCCUGUGAACCAACUAAUUUUGAAAAGCUCUUGGGAAUGUAGUCAGCAGAGAACCAAAGAAGACUGGCAAGAAUGGAUUCGCCGCUUGGCUGUUCAGCUACUGAAAGAAUCACCUUCUCAUGCUCUUCGAGCGUGCUCGGGACUAGCAGGCAUAUAUUACCCGUUAGCAAGAGAACUUUUCAACGCCUCUUUCGCCAGCUGUUGGACCGAGCUGUACACUCAAUACCAAGACGACCUCGUAAGCUCAUUGUGCGUGGCACUUUCCUCACCUAACAAUUCACCUGAAAUUCAUCAAACAUUGCUGAACUUGGUAGAGUUUAUGGAGCAUGAUGACAAGCCACUUCCAAUACCAGUUCCUGUUUUGGGCGAGUACGCCCAAAAAUGCCAUGCUUACGCUAAAUCUCUUCACUAUAAAGAGUUGGCAUUCAUACAGGAGCCAAGCACAUCUACCAUUGAAUCUCUCAUUAGCAUCAACAACCAAUUGCAUCAAACUGAUGCAGCCAUUGGUAUUCUGAAACAUGCUCAGCAACAUCACGACCUUCAGCUCAAAGAGACAUGGUAUGAAAAAUUGCAGAGGUGGGAAGACGCUCUGAGCUCUUACAACCAGAGGGAGCUUGCUGGUGAAGACUCCAUCGAAGUCAGAUUGGGUAAAAUGAGAUCACUUCACGCACUAGGUGAGUGGGAUAGGCUUUCUGAGUUAGCCGCGGAAAAGUGGGGGUCCUCAAGUCUAGACAUCAGAAGAGUAAUCGCACCAUUGGCUGCUGGUGCUGCUUGGGGUUUGGGUCAAUGGGACAGGAUCGAUCAAUACAUCGACGUUAUGAAAAAGCAAUCGCCUGAUAAAGCUUUCUUCGAUGCUAUUUUAUGCACACAUAGAAAUGACUUCGAAAAGGCUGAAUCUCAUAUUUUCGAAGCCAGAGAUCUAUUGGUGACUGAAAUCUCUGCACUAGUUAAUGAAAGUUACAACCGAGCAUACAGUGUAAUAGUGCGUUCCCAGAUGAUAUCAGAGCUGGAAGAAAUCAUAGAAUACAAAAAACUUCCUCCUGCGUCAGAAAAAAGAGCUACUCUUAGGAAGACGUGGAAUAGAAGGCUCCUCGGAUGUCAAAAGAACGUCGAUGUAUGGCAAAGGAUCCUGAGAGUGCGUUCACUUGUUGUCAAACCGAAACAAGACAUGCAGGUCUGGAUCAAAUUCGCGAAUCUUUGCCGAAAAUCCGGAAGAAUGGGAUUGGCACAGAAAGCGCUGAAUUCACUUUUGGAGGAUGGCGGAGAUCCUGCGCACCCAAAUACCGCAAGGGCCCCACCCCCAGUCGUCUAUGCUCAGCUAAAAUACAUGUGGGCAACUGGGUCCCAGAAGGAAGCACUGCGUCACCUUAUCAGCUUCACCUCGAGAGUUGCUCAUGAUUUGGGACUAGAACCAAGCAACAUGAUAGCUCAAAGCGUUCCACAAAGCAGCACCAUUCCACUACACCACGUUGAGGAUUACACCAAGCUGUUGGCUCGUUGCUUUCUGAAACAGGGAGAGUGGAGGGUUUCUCUGCAGAGUGAUUGGAUCUUGGAGAAUCCUGACGCAAUUUUGGGCUCGUAUCUGCUUGCAACACAUUUUGACAAUAAGUGGUAUAAGGCCUGGCACAACUGGGCGCUAGCCAACUUUGAUGUAGUUUCCACCAAUUCGACCGACGAUAGAAUCCGAAACCGAAGCAACUUGAGCGACGGCGCUCUCCAACACACCGAUGGUCCAGCAGGAAUGGGUCUCGAAGGUGAUGGCGCUGACCUUAGCAAGCUAUCUCCAGAGCUGGUGCAAAGACAUGUCGUACCUGCUAUCAAGGGGUUCUUCCAUUCCAUUUUGCAUUCUGAGUCCAAUUCAUUACAAGACACACUGCGACUUCUCACCCUGUGGUUCAAGUUUGGUGGCAUUCCUGAAGCUACUCAGGCAAUGCACGAAGGUUUCGAUUUGAUCAAAAUCGAUAAGUGGCUAGACGUUGUACCACAACUCAUUACACGUAUUCAUCAACCAAAUCAAACUGUCAGCAGAUCUUUGUUAUCGUUGCUUUCUGACCUAGGGAAGGCUCAUCCUCAAGCUUUGGUUUAUCCAUUGACAGUUGCUAUCAAAUCAGAAUCCCUUUCGCGACAAAAGGCAGCCCUUUCGAUCAUAGCGAAAAUGAGAGUGCAUAGUUCGGUUUUGGUCGACCAGGCCGAGAUGGUCAGUCACGAGUUGAUUCGAGUUGCAGUCCUAUGGCAUGAAUUAUGGUAUGAGGGUUUAGAAGAUGCCAGUCGGCAAUUUUUCGGAGAGCACAAUACGGAGAAGAUGUUUGCUACCCUUGAACCGCUGCAUGAAAUGUUGAAAAGAGGACCAUCGACUUUGCGAGAGAUAUCUUUCCAAAACUCAUUUGGAAGAGAUUUAAAUGAUGCGUACGAGUGGGUUAUGAACUACAAGCGGAAUAAGGAUAUUACGAAUUUGAACCAGGCUUGGGAUAUUUAUUACAAUGUCUUCCGCCGAAUUAGUCGUCAGUUGCCACAGCUUCAAACACUUGAGUUACAGCACGUCUCGCCCAAACUCUUGGCCGCCCACGAUUUGCAACUUGCUGUGCCCGGUACUUAUCAAGCAGGCAAGCCCGUUGUGCAUAUAUCGUACUUCGAGCCAAUUUUCUACGUGAUAUCUUCAAAACAAAAGCCAAGAAGGCUGUCCGUGAGGGGAAGUGAUGGUAAAGACUACCAAUAUCUCUUGAAAGGGCAUGAGGACAUUAGACAGGAUAAUCUGGUGAUGCAACUGUUUGGCCUAGUCAACACACUGCUGCAAAACGAUUCGGAAUGUUUUCAAAGACAUUUAGACAUCCAAAGGUAUCCAACGAUUCCUCUGUCGCCCAAGUCAGGUCUACUUGGUUGGGUCAACAAUAGCGAUACAUUCCACGUCCUCAUCAGAGAGCACCGUGAGGCGAGGAAAAUCCCGCUGAACAUCGAACACCGAAUCAUGUUGCAGAUGGCUCCUGACUACGACAAUUUGACUCUCUUGCAAAAAAUCGAGGUUUUCACAUAUGCGCUUGAUAACACUAGAGGUCAAGAUUUACACAAAGUGUUGUGGCUCAAAAGUAGGUCUUCUGAAGCUUGGCUUGAAAGGCGUACUACAUACACCAGGUCUUUGGCUGUGAUGUCAAUGGUCGGUUACAUCUUGGGUCUAGGGGAUCGGCAUCCAAGCAACUUGAUGCUGGAUCGUAUAACGGGCAAAGUUAUACAUAUCGAUUUUGGGGACUGCUUCGAGGCAGCAAUUUUGAGAGAAAAAUAUCCAGAAAAAGUGCCGUUCCGUCUCACACGUAUGCUAACUUAUGCCAUGGAAGUAAGUGGCAUUGAAGGAAGUUUCCGUAUCACUUGCGAAAACGUGAUGAGGGUCCUUAGAGAUAACAAGGAAUCGCUAAUGGCUAUUUUGGAGGCCUUUGCGUACGACCCUCUGAUUAACUGGGGGUUCGAUUUACCAACACAGACUAUUGCUGAACACACUGGUACAGAGCUUUCACUUGCUAAUCCCAGCGAACUGUUACGGAAGGGAACGAUUUCAGCCGAGGAAGCUGCCAAAAUGGAGAUCCGGCAAAAAUCAGAAAUCAGAAACGCAAGAGCAAUGCUGAUUUUGAAAAGAAUCACUGAUAAGCUGACGGGUAACGAUAUGCGCAGAGUCCAUGAUUUAAAUGUUCCUGAGCAAGUGGAGAAACUAAUUCAGCAAGCCACCUCUGUCGAGAAUCUUUGUCAGCAUUACAUAGGCUGGUGCUCAUUCUGGUGA